AUGGUGGAGCCUGGCCCUCCGGUCUCCAGCAGCGCUCCCAGUCCCAAAGGGGUGAGGCCGGUUGCUGAGACUGAGCCAAGAGGCCAAAGCAUGGGCCCAGAAGAGGGCCCCAGCCGCCACCGGCCGGGCCUCCUAAGUCCCUGGGAGCAAGGCCUGGGGUGCGCAGAGGCCAAGCCGGCCCGGCCUGCGCUGAGCCCCCGGGAGGCCUCCCUGUGCCCGCCGGGCCAGGGCUCCGCGGGACCCCGGCGGCCCGGCCCUUGCGCCCCGCGCGGCCGGCCGAGCCCUGCGCCCCGGGGCGCGGUGCUGGUGCAGCGGGAGAAGGACCUGGCGGCCUACAACUGGAACUCCUUCGGCCUGCGCUACGGGAAGCGGCUGGCGGCGCCCGGGAGCCGCAGGGGCUCACCGUGA